AUGGCUGUUAGAAGAAAUGGACUCGCUUUGGGCGUGCUGCUCAUUAGAGCCUCUAUCGCCACCCCGUAUUUGCGCCCACUGUCGAACACCACCUCUAUUAUCACUAUGGGAAACGGCGGCACUGAGAGAGGUUCUCGCGAAUUUUGGUACCAUCUAGCAAUCAGUGUCGUACUUGUCCUUGCUGGAGGAGUUUUUGCGGGAUUGACCCUGGGGUUGAUGGGCCUAGAUGAACUCCAUUUGCGUGUGCUGGCCACAUCUUCUGAGAAUUUGACGGAGAAACGGAAUGCACAGAAAGUACUCAAUCUUCUACGGAGGGGUCGUCACUGGGUUCUUGUUGUUCUUCUGUUAUCAAACGUGAUUGUCAACGAAAGUUUGCCCAUUUUCUUGGAUAAUGCUAUUGGAGGCGGAGUAGCAGCCAUUGCUAUCUCAACCACUGCAAUCGCUCCCAUUGCGUAUCCCAUUGCCAAGCUUCUAGACCUCGUCCUGGGGGCGGAUAAGCACCAGCUUUACAAGAAGGCAGAGCUCAAAUCGUUCCUCCAGUUCCAUCGUGCGGGGGAAGAGCCACUACGGGAUGACGAACUAGCGAUUCUGAAUGGCGUCCUGGAACUUAACACUAAGAAUAUAGAGUCAAUUAUGACACCCCUUCGUGACGUUGUCAUUUUGAGCACGGAUGAUAUUCUAGAUGAAACAGCUGUCGCAGCCAUGCUACAGAGUGGCUACUCGCGAUUUCCCGUUCACGAAGCAGGAAACCCAACGUCCUUCGUCGGUCUUUUAUUGAUAAAAAAGCUUCUCACGUAUGAUGCAAAGAAAGCUCUUCCUGUUUCUUCGUUCGCCCUGUCUAUUCUUCCAGAAGCUCAUCCGACGUUGAAUUGCUUCCAAGCCUUGGACUAUUUCCAAACCGGACGGGCACAUCUUUUGCUUGUCAGCAGAACACCUGGAAAGGCUGGUGGGGCCAUGGGUGUGAUAACUCUCGAAGACAUCAUUGAAGAAAUCAUCUCUGAAGAAAUUGUCGACGAAACUGAUCAAUACCAAAGCAACCUUACCAGAGACAAGGCGAGACGCUCUACAACGUCAACCAUCAUGCAAGGGUACUUGUAA